GAUUCAAUGACAGACAUUAGGGGUCUCCCACCCAUCAUGGUUGGUGAACCAUACCCUGGAGUGGCUUUAGGGGUGGAAGAAGGUCUACUCUGCCAGCUGCUUCAUUCUCCAGAGUUCAACCUAUUCCCCAAUUCUGCUGUAUUUGAAAGCAACUUCAUCCAGGUCACAAAGACAGAGGACUGGGUAGAUGCUGAGGAUAGGUCCACAACUGUGGUCCUUGGAGUGACUUCCUCAGUGCCAUGCCUGCCACUGCCAAACAUCUUCCUGAUGGCCAAGGUCACCUGGCCCCAGGGACAUUUAUCAACAUGGACCAAACCCAUCAAUGCACCAACCAUCACUCUUAAUAGGAUUGUCCCACUGAAAUUUGUGGAGAUCAUGAUCUAUGACAAGGCCCAACGCAUCCUGAGGGUCAGAACUGUGACUGAAAAGAUCUAUUACAUGAAGCUCCAUCCCAAACACCCUGAAGCUGUCUUCCAUUUCUGGAUCCGACUAGUGAACAUUCUACAAAAGGGCCUGUCCAUCACCACCAAAGAUCCUAGAAUCCAUGUGAACCAUUGCUUGGUGCCCAAAACCCCUAGCAAAACCUUUCUGGAAGAAUCAACAAAGCAUGAUCCAUCAAUCUCUCAGUCAAAUGAAAACCUGAUGUUGCUGAUGGCCACAGAGGUACAUGACACCUUAUCUGAUCUCUCUAUAGAUCUUACCACCAAGAAAGACCAAUUAAAGAGAAGUUCUAAUAUCAAUAAAAGUAGAGAAACUGAGAUCAAAAGAGAUGCCAAAAGCGACUCAGGAUAUGCCAAAGAAAAACACGACAAGUGGGAUAUUCAGCGAUAUUCUGGGUACAACUCGAAUGACAAAGUAAAACUAAAGUGGACAGAGUCUUUGAAUCAUGGCCUCUGGGAACAAGAGAACCCUUCUGGGGUGCAGCCACUUUCUCGGCUCAGCACCCUAGCAGCCUCCACCCAGCAAGUUUGGCCACAGCCUUAG